AUGGUGGGAAGUCGUCAAGUGCAAGUGUCAUCAUGUCCUUUUCUUGUUCUUUAUCAUUCACCCAUUACUCCGACAGGCCAUCGCGCCCUCUGGAAGAGAGGCGUGCAUCACCGCAACGUCAGCCCCAGUAACAUUAUGGGAUACCGCUUCGGUGGUCGAUUUAUCAGCGUCCUUAACGAUUUCGACUUGUCAUCGAUCAUACAAUCAGUAUCCUCAAUUCAAGACGCUCCCCAAGGCUUCGAGCGCACAGGAACGGUACCCUUCAUGUCGCUACUCCUUCUCACGUGGAAAGCCAUUGCAGGCCAAGUCGAGCAGUUGUACUAUCAUGAUGCUGAAUCGUUCAUUUGA